UCUCGAAGUACAACCACUAUACCUGACAAUUUCACGCUCAGAGUCAGAGGAAGCAGAAGUUAAAACAUUCAAUGGAUAGAGAAUGGGGUUCUAAGCCGGGCAGCGGAGGCGCAGCCUCCGCCCAGAACGAGGCAAUCGACCGCCGUGAGCGUCUCAGACGUCUCGCCCUGGAGACAAUCGAUCUGGCAAAAGAUCCCUAUUUCAUGCGCAACCACCUCGGCAGUUAUGAGUGUAAGCUGUGUCUGACUUUGCACAACAAUGAAGGAAACUACUUGGCUCACACACAAGGGAAGCGCCAUCAGACCAAUUUGGCUAAGAGAGCUGCUCGUGAGGCUAAAGAUGCGCCCGCCCUUCCUCAGCCUAACAAGCGCAAAGUUAACAUUCGCAAGACAGUCAAAAUUGGCAGGCCUGGUUACCGGGUGACAAAGCAAUUUGAUCCAGAUACAAAGCAGAGGUCUCUUCUCUUCCAGAUCGAAUAUCCUGAGAUAGAGGACAAUACAAAGCCUAGGCAUCGAUUUAUGUCAUCUUAUGAACAGAGAAUUGAGGCCAAUGAUAAGAGGUUUCAAUAUCUUUUAUUUGCAGCAGAACCUUAUGAGAUCAUUUCUUUCAAGGUUCCUAGCACAGAAAUUGACAAAUCUACUCCUAAAUUCUUCUCACAUUGGGAUCCGGACUCCAAGAUGUUCACAUUGCAGUUAUAUUUUAAAUUGAAGCCACCAGAGGCGAACAAACCUCAAUCUGUUGCUGCAGCCAAUGGCACACUGCCUUCUCAGCCACCACCACCCCCACCACUGCAAGGACUAGCCGCAGGAUCAAGACCCCCACCACCUCCAAUGCCUGCAUCAUUACCCCCUCCACCUCCCAUGGGUAAUGGCCCUAGGCCCAUGCCUCCAGGUGGAGCUCCACCUGCCCCGCCUCCACCUCCUGGUGGCAGUGGUGCAAUGGCGAAUUUCACACCUGGCAAUCAGGUGGGUAGACCUCCAAUGCUGCCUCCCCAAGGUUUUCCAGGGCAACAGAUGCAGGGCCAGGUUAUCCGUCCACCCCCACCACCUCCCAAUAUGGGACAGUAGGUGCCCUAGCUUAAUGUUUUUUGUGCACAUUUACGUAGUUAAAACAAUCCUUGGAUUGAAUUGAUGGAUGAUUGUUUGAAGAUCUGAAUGUAUUAUGUAACUCAUGCGGCUUAGCUUAGCAAGAAGGCGUUUAUU